AUGUCGCCUUCAUUCUUUGUCACUGCCAUGCUUGCCGUGGCAGCCCUUGCUGCACCGUUGAUCCCUGGAAGCUGCGACAUCUCACAUGCGCAAAUGACACUUCCUGCAAAUCAAACCGCACUCGCCCAGCCUUCGGGCGCGCCAUCCUUUGUCUUGCUUGGAGUAGGUGUUCAGAAUUACACAUGUUCGGCGGCUGGUACCUACGCGAGCGCUGGUGCGGUAGCCCAACUUUUCGACAUCUCAUGCCUUGUCAAGUCACCCGCGUUUGAUAAUGUCCAAGACAUAGCCUUUUUGAAAUGGCAAAUGACGCGCGGAAAGGACGACUGUGCAUCUGCCGUCUCUGGAAUGCCUCUCACCAGAAUGGGCGACCACUAUUUUGUUACAUCACCAUCUGGUACAGGUAUCAGCCCCGUCUGGGAUUUUAGAGCUUUUGGCCGUUUCAAAGGCAAUGCGAAUGCCACGGUUCUCGCUGCCAAGGUUGCGAACCUGCCGUCCCCCGCCGGCUCCGAGAACGUUGACUGGCUCCAGCUCAAAUCCGUUUCUGGGGGAUUGGCGACCCAGAUAUACCGGACCGACACGCGAAGUGGGCAACCACCCGCUUCAUGUACCCCAGGGUCAGCCCUCGUUUCCGUCAAGUACACAUCCAAGUACUGGCUCUUCGGCAGUACUGUGGUACCUGCAGGGCACCCUUGA